AUGCGACUCCUCGACCGCCCGUCCGCCAGCCAAAACACCACGCCAAGCUCCAAAACCAGCCAACGUGCAAGCAACAGCAGCAGCAGCAGCAGCAGCAGCAGCCGCCGCGGCGCCGCUGCUGCUGCCCCGGCCUCGCCGCCGCCGCCGCCGCCGCCGUCGAUCCGACCAAAGCCCUCGCGAGCGUCGCUGCCCCCCGUGCCCAAGGCCAAGCCGGCCAAGCCUGCGCCGCCUCCGCCGCGCGCCCCUUUAGCACCACCACGCCUGCCGGCCUUCCGAGCCCCUGCCGCGGCCGCCGCCCCCGCUGCAGCCCAGGCGCCCAAGAGCGCGAGGCAGAGCCGCUGGACGGCCACGCAGGCGCUGUGGACGCGGACCCGCCAGGCCAGCACCCAGCAGCCGCGACCCCCAGGCCCCGUGCCGGCAGUCCACAGUGCCAGUGCCAGUGCCAGGGCCAGUGCCAGGCUCCUCUCCACCGCCGCCAACGCCACCGUCCCCAGUGGUGGUGCAUCAUCAUCAUCAUCACCACCACCACCACCACCACCACCGUCGCUGCGCUCCCGGCGUCGCCAUCACCAUGCUGCUUCUGCAGCUGUAAAGACGCCCCCAUCUCUCGCGAGCGUCCUGAUCAUGCCUGUCGGCGACCGCCCACGUCCGCCCCAGCCAAGUGGUGCUGCUGCUGCUGCUGCUGCUGCCGCUGCUGCCGCCGCCUCUCGACCCCUCAACCGAAACCCCCUGACUCCCAAGAUCGCCGCCCAGGGACCCGCGACCCCUCUGGCCACAUGCAGGCGACCGACCUCUUCGUCAACACCAGUCCUUGCUGGCGGCCAGCUCGCCAGGGACGAGCUCGCCAGCCCCGUCAACAACCUGCUCGCUACCAACGUCACCCCUCGCUCCGGCCCUCGACAGAACCGCGUCGACAGCGCUCAUUCCACCCCGAGCGCCACCCCGAAUCCCGAACGAGCCGGCGAUCAAUGGGAAGCCAACAGCAACGGCAACGGCAACGGCAACAGCAGCGGCGGCGGCCGCUUGGGCCUGGGCCUGGGCCUGGGCCUCUUACCCCCCGCACACGACCAGAGCAGGCACUCGUCAUCAUCCCAAGGCGACCUCGUGUCCGACCCCAACGACUGCUCCAACAAGUUCUUCUACGCGAGCGAUGCCAAGUCCCUCCAGCAACAGGCCGCUCCGCCGCGCCCGGCGCCAGUGCCCCAGAAACCCGCCAGCAACUCCUUCUUCUACGCGAGCGCCACGCCCCCUGCCGCCGGCAGCCGCAACGUCAGUCCGCCUGCAAACUCGUCCAUCUCGAUGCUGCAGCUGAGCCAGAGCCCGGAUCCAGGCGUGGCGUCAAAGUUCUUCUUCGCCAACGGCGCCCCGGACACGUCGCUGCGACCCGGCAACGGGCCUCCCUUGACCUGCGCCUCGGCCGCAUCCUCGGCCCCCAAGACGGCUCCUCCUCGUUCUUUGACAGGCAACUCCGGUGCGGCGCCUGUUGCUCUGGCCCAGCGGCCCCCGUCACCAAUCAAGUCCGCGUCCGCUGCAAACGUGCAGGCCUGCAGAACCGCCACGGCCACGUCUCCAAUGUCUUCCAAAAGAACAUCGUGGGCAUCACCCGCCCCUGCUUCGCAGCCGCAGCAGCCGUCGAUUGCUCAGCGGAGAGGGAGCGUUGAUCCGGCGUCAAGGGAAGCGGGCGGCAGACGCAAGAGAACGGCAAGCACUGUCGCGGCGGAACCCUUGGCCAUUGCCCGGUUCUCCAUGCCGCCUCCGCAGUCGGAAACGGCGCCGCAGUCUCCCCCGUUGAGUCCCGGAUUGCCCCAUCCCGCCAUGACGAUGGCGUCGAUACUGCAGGUGGCCGAAGACCUGCGGGAAGACGCCGAGCUCCGAGACGGAGGCGCGUUUCCGCCCGAGGCGCACAGCCCGACAAAGUCUCUCUUCGACGUCUCUCUCAGCGAGCUUGUUGCCAACGCGCGCCGGGAGCGCAAGGUCCAAGACCUGGAAAUCACAAACGCCUCCCUCGAAGCCAUCAACCGCACGCUCGAAAGGCAGCUGCGGAAGCAGACGGCCGAGCUGCGGAGGUACCGCCGGCUCUCCAGGUCGGGCGCGCUGUCCGUGGCCUCCAGCCGGGUAACCUCCCUGGCAUUCACCGAGCCGCCGACGGACGCUGACGACACGGACGAGCCCGAGCCCGAGACCGAGCCCGAGACCGAGACCGAGACCGAGAUUGAAGAGCAAGACGAUCCCGACUCCCUGGACGACUCUGAUCUGGAAAGCAACGGCACCAUGACCACGGAGGACAUUCUGCUGCCAAACGUCAGGCUCGAAGCGCGCCGCAGACGAGACGAGAGACGCCUGCAGCUGGACCUGACCAAGCACCAGGAGCUGCUCAUCGACAGCCAAAAGAUGAACCAGAGCCUGAAACGGUGCCUGGACUUCACCCAGGCCCUGAUCAAGGAAGGCCAGAAAGCCCUCGAGUACAGCGUGCGCGUGUCGGACAUCAAGUUGGGCGGCAGAAUCCUGGCCCCCCUCGACGAGGACGACGAAGAAGCCGGUGCCUCUUCCUCUUUCCACGGCGACGUGGCCACGCGAGCCGACGGCCCCGACGGCUUGGAACCGCCCUGGCCAAAGAGCAGCCAGGACCGGGACAGCGGGAUCGAGCUGCCUGCCGACGGCAACUCAUGA